AUGUUGAAUAACCAUCUUCACGAUCAAACCACUGGAACAUCAUCAAAUCGUCUUCAAUCGGAAGAUAAAAAAAGGAAAAAGAAAGAAAAAGAAGCAAAAAAGAAGAAGCAAAAAUAUGAGGAAAUUUUAAACGAUCUAGAUAAUGAAGUAGCAAAAAAAGCCCAGGAAAAGCUUGUGAGUGAUAUUUUCAGUCAAAAGAAGGACGUUCAAUUUGACCAUUCAAAUUUGGAAUUAAAACCUGACCAUAAACUCCGUCCAGUUUGGGUUUGUUCAGGUACUGAUGGCAAAUUUCAUAUUUUCAUGGAGACCUUUUCACCAAUUUAUCAACAGGCUUAUGAUUUUCUUGUUGCUGUUGCUGAACCUGUUUCACGUCCUGAAAAUCUACACGAAUAUGUAUUAACUGAAUAUUCUCUCUAUGCAGCUGUCAGUAUUGGUAUGAACACCGAACAAAUUAUUCAAGUUUUGGAGAAGCUAAGUAAGGUUAAAUUAUCCGAAGCUCUCAUCAAUUUUAUUAGAGAUGUAACAAGAAAAUAUGGUAAUGUAAAAUUAGUUCUGCAGAAAAAUAGAUUUUUCGUAGAGUCACCCCAUUUGACUAUCAUGGAAAAGUUAUAUGAAGAUAAAAUCAUUAGUGCAGCUGCUAUUGUUCCUGAUCCAAAUGAGUUUCCAAAUGUUGAUAGAUCCAAAAGAUUUAUUAUUAGAACACGAUCAAAACAAAAUGAAUUGGAAAAGUUUCAAAAGCAAGCUCUUGCUAAUACAUCAACUGUAAAUAAGGGAUCUAAAAUUCAAACUGAAAUGAUAAGAGCUGUAAAUCAAAUUGGAGAUGAUGAAGAUGAUGAUGCUGAUGAUGAUUUUGAUAUUUCUUCAGCAGUUGAAACGUUUUAUUUAUUCGAAAUUAAUCCAACAGAGUGUAUUGAAUGGAAGAAUCAAUUUAAAUUAUGGAGUACUAUUGAUGAGAAUCGUGUAGUAGUAUUUACUUCUCAGGAGAAGGAUGCUUUACCAAAAGAUGAUGAUCCCUUAAUCAUCAUUACAACAUACACUAUGAUUACCCAUACCAGAAAGAGAAGUGGUGAGGCAAAGGAGGUUAUGGAUUACAUUCAAAGUAGAGAAUGGGGAUUAUUAAUUUUAGAUGAGGUCCACGUCGUUCCCGCCAACAUGUUUAGACAUGUUGCGAGUGUAAAGUCUCAUUGUAAAUUAGGAUUGACAGCCACUCUUUUACGUGAAGAUAACAAGACAGACGAUUUAUAUUUUUUAAUUGGUCCAAAAUUAUAUGAAGCUAAUUGGCUUGAUUUACAACAAAAAGGCCAUCUUGCUAAUGUGCAAUGUGUGGAAGUUUGGUGUCCCAUGACUGCCGAGUUUUUUGCUGAAUACUUAACAGCCAAUGCUAAGAAAAAGACUUUACUUUAUGUUAUGAAUCCAAAUAAGUUUAGAGCUUGUGAAUUUCUGAUUAGAUACCAUGAAAAGCAAGGAGACAAAAUCAUUGUUUUUAGUGACAAUGUUUUUGCUCUCCAAGAAUAUGCUGAAAAGUUGGGGGUACCCUACAUUUUUGGUAAUACCAAACAACAAGAACGUGUUUAUUAUUUGAACCAGUUCAGAAAUACUAACCAUUAUAACACUAUUUUCAUCAGUAAGGUUGGUGAUACAGCAAUUGACAUUCCUGAGGCAACUGUGAUUAUUCAAAUAUCAUCUCAUUUUGGUAGUAGAAGACAGGAGGCUCAACGUUUGGGUCGUAUCCUUCGUCCAAAAGGUGGUGGACUUAAAAAUCAACAGGCCUACUUUUACACACUAGUUUCUCAAGAUACACAAGAAAUGUUCUUCUCCACAAAGAGACAACAAUUUUUAAUUAAUCAAGGCUACAGCUUUAGAGUCUUGCCUGAUAUUCAAAAGUAUUACAGGCAAGGUGCUAAUGAAAUGGGUCUAACUCUCAAACACAUGAAUACCAAGAAGGAAGAAUUAGACAUGUUGGCUAUUGUAAAAAAGGCUGAAGAUGCAAGAGGCCAAGAAGAAAAGAUCAACGUUGAUGAUGAAGUUGAAAAAUCAUCUAGUAGUCUUGCUUCAAUCUCUGGUGGAAAUGAAAUUUAUUACCAUUCCUAUGAAGCUUCUACAACAACUUCCAGAAGAAGAGGUAAAGCUACCAAAGUUCCUUCUACUGUGCAUCCACUUUUCAAAACCAGAACCCAACACAAGGAUUAA